GUUUUGACGAGCCUUUCGAGCGCAGAGUACAAGAAACAAUACAAAAAAAAACACUCCAUUCGCAAACAAGUCGCGUACAAGUUUGAAGUCAUGCAGCUGCUCACCUACUCCUACGCCGUCGCCGCCCUAGCGAUCUGCUCCCUCUGCGUCGUCACAGCGCAGCCGCAGCGCGGUCUACCGCAGCCUCGAGGCAAUACUUUCGAUGCGAAUGCUGUGAUACUGAAGCAGGACUUUGAUUUGAACCCGGAUGGUUCCUAUCAGUACAACUACGAGACGAGCAAUGGCAUUCGCGCCGAUGAGGCAGGUUAUCUCAAAAAUCCCGGCUCACAGUUGGAGGCUCAGGUUAUGCAAGGCUCGUAUUCCUACACCGGACCCGAUGGCAUUCUCUACACCAUUACCUAUAUUGCUGAUGAGAAUGGCUUCCGUGCCGAGGGCGCCCAUAUUCCCACACCCCCGCCCGUCAGCCCCGCCGCCGCCGCUCCCCGCCGAUUCUUCAAAUAAUUGAAUUGACAGUCGAGAAGUGUGUUUGUUUGGAUUUAAUUUGUAUGAUAGCAUCCAGGAUGAAGUUGAGGGCAGCAGCAGCAGCAGCUCAAUUGGUCGUCAGCAACAAGUUUACAGACCUCUUAUCGUUUCCAUACUGUACCCACCACACACUCACCUUAAUCCACUCUCACACCGUUCUGUGUGUAUUUAUGCAUUUGCCGCGUUUUCCACUUUUCCAAUCCAAUUUUCACAUCUAAGUAUCUAGCGCCUAACGAACUGUGUAAAAUAUGUUUUGUACAUAAUGUAAGUUUGAUUGUUAAAUGUCGUACGACAACGCAAGCUAUGCAAUAAAACGAAAAUUGCUCGAAA